CAUUCCUGGAUUUGGUCGAAGGUAUGAGUUCGCUUUGCUGAAGACUGACACGUCGAGGACUUUUGAACAACUCUACUCAAAUUCAUAUUUUUUUCUUCAAGUAAUGGACAUUUGAUUACUAUUUUUGCCUCCAGUUUGUUCCCGAAGGAAAGGCUAGCUUUCAGCCCCACCCUUAAGAAGUAUUUCAGUUGAUAUUAAAACCAUGAAGGGUUAAUAAUAUAAAAUUGAUGAAAUAAGAGAUAUAAGUGCCUGAGAAGCACACUCUAAUACACCCGUGAAGCUGAGGAUCUGUAGUUUUAAUAGUAAGUUGAUUUUUGAAGUUAAAUCAAGUUAAAAUGGUCGUCGUCGACGACGGGCUGGUUAGCGGUAGCUGGCUAGCCGGCACCGUGAGUUAGCUUGCUUCUUUUCAAUGUUAUAGUAUGAGCUCACACAGGAAGGUGGACGGAGGCACAAGGCUCCGUUUCUUUGUGUGUGAGACUGAGUGGACGAGUUGGAUAAAUUCAAGUUAGUCAGUUAAUUCGGAAAUUAUCCAUAAGCAAUCUAUUCAUAAAGAUUGCCGUAGGCACUGAACAAACUAAUUCAUGAAGUUGGACUUUUUUUGCCUGCCAGAUUCGUUUUAUAGGCUCUGCUCCACGGAACGACCAAACACCGCAGUCUAUACAUAAAGAUUGCAUUAGCGUGAGGAUUGUGGACAGAUUUUGUGAAGCACUGUGUAUAUUGAAAUAUCGAUAAUUACAGCACAGGGACUUCCAGAAAGCCCGCAUCACGUACUCGGCAAUCUGUGGAUAAAGAUUGCAGGAUGACUCAAGCGAAGUGCUCUUUCGAAACACAAACAGUCGGGAUGGUCAAAAUGGUGGAGGUUUGCCUUUCGUCGUCGGACAGCUGCGGGGUCUGCGCCGUGUACUCGGAGCAAUAUUUGGGAGUUUUCACUAAACCGUCCAGCCGAAAAGUAGACUGCCACGCGGUUGUGGUUCGGUAAAUGUGCGAUGCUUGCUGACUGGUGUUCCUCAGUGCGCUGGGAGCCAUUGUUGCUCGCGCGGUGUUGUUUGGCUCGGCCGCCAUGAAGUGGGUGACGGAGGGCGGGUUCUCAUUAGCACGCGACGCGGUUGGCGGAGGGCGGGAUCUGAUUGGCACGCGGCUCCAGCUCCCGCCCCUCUUCCCGGGAGGACCACAGACUGUCAGUUCACAACUGCCCGUAUAGAAGAAUAUUUUGACGUUAUUAUUUGAAAUACUCCUUAACACCUCGAUGAAUAUGCCCCGUUGGUACACAAACAAAAUGUCAGUAAAUGACAUUCUAUCUGAAGGCAUGGUCAUUUGAGUAUAGUACUAAUUGUUUUCCACAAUGUACCAGUGAUAUAUGUAGUAACACACAUUAUGGCAGCGCACCAAUAAUGCAUUUCAAACCCCUUAUUUAGGGCCAUGAUCUUUACUGAUUUUGUCUAUUGUGUAUUGAUUGUGACAUUUACAGGAAGUGGGUUAUUUGCAGUAUUGUGGCGGUCUGAGACUAUAUAUAACUUCUACCACAACAGUUAUCCGGACAUGGCAGGGGGACCGGUGGACCCCAGAGAGAUUCUGAAGAGUGUGGAGCCUCUGCUGGGGAAAGAUGGAGAGCUUCGCAGUCUGGAGGGGGUCCCAAAGGUGUACAGCCUUAUGAAAGCUUCUACCAAGAUGGUCAGUAGAUGUAUGUACCUGAGCAUCUUGCUGCAGACCAAAUCCCAUGAUGUUUUGAACAGGUUUAUCAGAGUUGGUGGCUACAAGAUGCUCAACGCCUGGCUCACCUACUCGAAAACCACCAACAACACCCCCCUAUUGCAACUCAUCCUGCUCACACUGCAAAAGUUGCCUCUCAAAGUGGACCACCUCAAACAGAACAACACAGCCAAGCUGGUAAAGCAGCUGAGCAAGAGUGCGGACACUGAAGAGCUGAGGAAGUUGGCGUCUGUCCUUGUGGAGGGUUGGAUGGCUACAAUCCGCUCCCAGAGUGUGUCGAGCAGCGCGAGCUCUCCUGCUGAAAAGAAAAAGAAGAAAGAGGAGGGCAAGGUUCUGGUGCGUGACGUUAAGGAGAAGAGUGGAGAUGAGGAGAAGAAGAAGGAGAAACCUAAAGCUCAUGCACCGAGCCACGCAAAGAUUCGUUCCAUUGGGUUGGAGAUGGACACUCCCAGCAUGGCGCCUGCAAAGAAGACGCCCACCGCCCCGCAGCUGGGCGACAAGUACAACAUCAAGCCUCCAGUCCUCAAGAGGCCAUGCUUUGGUCCAGCAGAUGCUCCACCUCUAGAGAAAAAAUACAAGCCUUUGAACACCCCCUCUAACUCUGCCAAAGAGAUCAAAGUGAAGAUCAUUCCAGCACAACCAAUGGAGUGCACAGGGUUCCUGGAUGCUCUGAACUCUGCUCCAGUGCCUGGGAUUAAGAUUAAGAAGAAGAAAUCUGGUGCUGGCCCUACCCCCAAUACCAAUACCAAGGCCGUCUCCCCCACGUCUAACAAGGGAAGUCCAUUUGACAGCAAACCCUCUUCGUAUUCUUCAUCUUCUACAAAACCGUCAUCUCCAGAAACAUCUGCUUGCAUUACUCUUGCUGAUGAAAACCAGGAGCCGGAGCGGCCUGGGACCCCUGUUCCCUCUGAGGAGGCCGAGGUCUCUGACAACGGCGAGAAGCCCAACGCUCUGGCAGAACCACGGGGAGAAGAAGAGAGCUUGACCAAGAAAGGCAAGAAGAAGAAGACCGUUCACUGGGCCGAAGAGGAGCAGCUCAAACACUACUUCUACUUUGAUCUGGAUGAGACAGAGAGAGUUAACGUCAACAAGAUCAAGGACUUUGGUGAGGCUGCCAAACGAGAGCUGAUGAUGGACAGGCAGACGUUUGAGAUGUCCCGCCGGCUCUCUCAUGACACCAUGGAAGAAAGGGUCCCCUGGACCCCCCCAAGGCCCCUGACGCUGACCGGCAGCCUGGUUAUCACUGGUGCCAACAGCACAGAGAAACUCACCCAGAGAGACCGUGAGAUGGGCAUCCUGCAGGAGAUCUUCCUCACCAAAGAGAGUGUGCCCGAUAGUCCACAUGAACCAGACCCGGAGCCUUACGAGCCCAUGCCGCCCCGUCUCAUCCCUCUGGACGAGGACUCCACCACGCAGGAGGACGGAUAUGUUGAGCCCAUGGACACGGCGUCUCAGCACGGCUCCGCUUUGGCCCUGAACGAGAGCUCCAAGCUGCCCCCGGUGCUGGCCAACCUCAUGGGCAACCUGAGCAACACCUCUCGCAGCCCACAGGCCACACCCACAGUCAGCAACCCUGUGGCUCCCACUGUCAACGUGCAGGAGCUGCUCUCAUCCAUCAUGGGUGCUUCUGGUAACCAGUCGACUGAAGACUUGAUCAAGCAGCCGAACUUCUCAGACAAGAUCAAACAGCUACUGGGCUCUCUUCAGCAGACCCAGAACCAGGGUGGACCUCCACCAGUCAACCCUGGUCUACUGGGUCACGGUCCCGGCAUGAACAAUAUGAACAAUAUGAACAUGAACAUGCACAUGCAGAUGCCCAUGAACGGCGGCUACCCACCCAACAACCCACCUGGUGGUCCUCGCUUCAACCACCCUCCACCCCCUCACAACCACGGCCCGCCUUUCAACAGCGGCGGAGGCCCGCGCAUGAUGGGGCCGCCCCCGGGCCAGGGCCGAGGGGACAAUGGCAACUACUGGGGAGAUGAUUCCAUGAGAGGAGGGCCCCAUAGAGGGGGCCACUUCCACCGAGGAGGACGGGGCAGAGGAGGAGGAGGAGGAGAGCCGGGCUUCAGGGGCAGAGGACGAGGGGGGCCCAGAGGAGGACACAACAAUAUGAAUGACAUGUCCAAGAGGCCCGUGUGUCGUCACUUCAUGAUGAAGGGAAGCUGCAGGUACGAGAGUAACUGUGCUUUCUACCAUCCUGGAGUAAACGGACCCCCGCUCCCACCCAACCACCCCGCUAACAACCCGCACCCACAGCACGGACACUAGGGGCCCUGCUGCCGAGCGGAACACUUCCGAGCUGUGAUCCAACCCUGCGUGGUUCCAUGUCACCUUCCUGGACACCGGCCUAAAGCAGCUAGCUGAGCUCGCCUGAGAGGAGAGCCAUGCCACUGUGUUUUUAUUGGGAUCAUUUUUAAUCUUGACCCUGGACCACUGUCCGAGCUGCUGCUAGUAGCUGCUGCCUCAGCAAGUGGACGUCUCCGACCCGGCACAGAGCUCUCCACACCACCGAAUCUGUUGUGCGUUGCGGUUGUCGUCCUCUGUACGUGUAUCAUAUUCCCUUCAGUGGGGCCCCUUCAUGAAAGUCAGGCAAGUGACAGAAACAUUUAGGAAGCACUUAAUGAACCAGAAGGCCAACACGGCCAUGACGUGCUGAAGGUGGACCUGAAGACAAAGGUCAUGGUGUUCAGACAGGGUUCUUCCAGCUGCUGCUACUGAAUGUGAAGAGGUGAUGAAGAACAAGCCACAGCUGGGUGUCACCAUAUGAAGUGUGUGACAUGCCGUGGGUCUGUCACAGUCAUCUGUAGUCCGUCUGAAACCUGAGGAGUUGGGGGGGGUCAGCCAUAUGACUUGUUUUCUGUGAAAACGAUGACCUUUGUGUCUCUUGUGGGACUGUGAUAAUCUAUUGGUUGUUGUUUUUUUAUUUUAUUUUCAUGUGAUCAUCAGAAUGUUGGCCCUUUUUUUAAGGUGGGUUCAGUUUUUGUCAGUAUGAAAUGUUUGUAAGAAUACAAACUGCACAUUCAUGCUCAGUCAUAUUUUCUGUUGAAUUAUUUUGUACACAGUGUAUUGAAUAAAUGUCUAAACAUAGA